UCAUUCUUCUCGUUGUCACACUGCAACUCUGAUCCCUCUUUUGACGCACAAUCUCAAUCUCAUUUUGUGCGUCCUUCUUCAAAUCAAAUCCUCUCACAACGAAUCGCACCUUUCUCAUUUCGAUGCCCUCAUCCUUUCGAUUUUUUUCUGUUACCAGAUAGGAAUCCACGGCGCGCUUGGGUUGACAAAAAUUUGGGAAAGUGGAGAGCUGGACGCUAAGAAUUUGCGUUUCAAGAUGUCCUACUACUGGAAGCUUAUUCUUGGUGACAUAAUACAAUAUCGAGCUCUAAUUUUACAUUACUCGGCAUCUUUUUCAGGUUCAAAUUGUACCUCAGAUAUUUUUCACCAGCAAAGUCUUUCUGUGGCAUAGCAAAUUACAUUAGAACUAAUCACACUGCAAAACAGCAGAAACUUAUUCACUUUAUUUGGCAAAAAUGACAGAAAUCUUCAGCUACACAGCUUGCAGACAGUUAUCUCAGAUGUUCCUUGCAAUACUUUUCUUUCACACUUCUGAAUUCAUUCUAGCAAUCGUUAUUCAUGGGAGAUCAAAUGUAACCCUGAGUUCCCUUCUAAUUAGUGCACACUAUAUUUUGGCAAUGAUCUUUUCAUUGGCAGAAUACAUUUUUGAGAUUGUUUUCUUUCCAGAGUUAAAGGAAUAUUGGGUUAUUAGUAAUGUGGGCCUGGCAAUAGUUGUGAUUGGGGAAGUUAUAAGGAAGUUGGCUAUUUUAACAGCAGGGCACGCCUUUACUCAUCUUAUAAGGACUCACCGUCAUGAUGAUCACCGCCUGGUUACUCACGGUAUAUAUGGAUUUAUGCGCCAUCCAGGGUACUCUGGUUUCUUCAUUUGGUCUGUUGGUACUCAAAUAAUGCUUUGCAACCCCAUAUCAGUUGUUGCAUUUGCAGUUGUUGUCUGGCGCUUUUUCGCUAAGCGAAUACCCUAUGAAGAGUAUUUCCUGAGGCGGUUUUUCGGACGUGACUACAAGGAAUAUGCCAAAAAAGUGGGGUCUGGGGUUCCCUUCAUUAAUUGAAAAGACUAGCCAAUUUGAUGAGCUGAACUAUAUCUUCACAGUGAUCCAUGCUAAUCAAGAAUGUUUGAAUUGUUUCUAUUGAGAAGAUUUGAGCCAUGCUUCAUAUUGUUUUCAACACGUCUAAUUGGCUAUGCCUUCAUUGUAUACAGCUGUGCUUGUAUGGAACAUCUGAAAAUAAGGUUGGCUUAGGUGACCAAGAUUAGUAUCAUGGUCUAGAUCAGAGAUCGAUGGGCAUCUAGCAAGCCUACAAAUUUUGCCAGUGGACACAUUCCUCGGGUGCAUUAAAUAAUGCUCAAUUGCUCAGGCAUGUUCAAACCAAUAAAAUUUAGCUACUAUUUAACUAGGAUCUUCGUUUUUUUGUACAAGUUUCUGCCAUUGGCAAUGUAGUUGGAUUCAACCUAGCACUUAUGUAAACUUUCAUUUGUAACUUGAAAAUGCUUACAAAUCAGAGAAAUUACGUCACAA